UUAUGAAUUGGGGAUGGACGAAACAGCAUCAGAUAUGAUGAGACAGUCUAGAGUCACUAGGACAUAGGUGCCAGGAGAGAUGCACCGAGUGUGACUUAAAUUGAUCAGUUAGUUUGUGCGGUUCACUGGUGUGAUUUGGUCUGCUUUGGAUGGACAAAGAUGCGCUUCAUUUAUUAGUUCAUUUGUUCAGACGAGUUUGUAUUUUAAUAAUGCUACAUUCUCUGUUUUUUUCUUUUUGAUACAUUUAACAUACUUAUUUAAAAGAAUAACAACUGACUAUGUUGGCCUGCAUCUAAACAAGCAUUAUGUUAUUUUUGAUUGUUCAGAUCUGCUCAAUGCUUAGAAUUAUUUUGAUGUUGGGUACAAUUUUUAUUAAUUGUAAAAGUGUAAUAGUUAAUGUGGUAGUAGUCCUGUUCCUGUAAAUAAAUAUGUUGAUAGAAGUUCACGUUUCCUAGUAAUAGUAUGAGCUAUGGAGAUGAGAAUAAAUGAUACUGGUGUAAGGAUAGUGUAAUACAAAUACCUGUACACGCAUUGGAAGAUAAAGAAUUUCUAAUUACAUUAAUUUAGUUAAAAUAUCUGCAUGUAUCCAAUACUUUCUGUAUACAUGGAAGGUUUGUUUUGACUGACCUGACAUAUUUUGGGAAAAAUGCUCUUGCUUUCCUAGUCAGGUUGGUCAAAUUGGCUUGUUCAUUUUGAGCUUUCAAGAAAUACUUAGAUCUAGAGUAAGAACCAAAUUCAGUUCUAGACUUGAAGAAAGAUUUUCAGAGAGGGUGUAACUCUGGCUUACCUGUCUGAGGGCCAUAUGCCUCAAGGAAAGACGGUUCUUCAGAACUUCGCUGCAGCUGAUGGUGAAAGGCAGGCACGAGGCUCAAAUUCAGCAUCCCAUUCUUCCUUCACAUCAGUGCUUUUGAAUGUGUAUGACAGUUGAUGAGGUGAUGGUUUUGAAUAAGAGUUCAAUAAAUACUGUUUUUUCCUGCAGUGAGUCACUUUUCACUUACCACCCUUUAUAUAUCCUUAGGUGGUUAUUUUUUUAAAAGGUGGCAUGCGUAAGAGAUUGUUUAGGUCCAUGCUGCCUGUUGGGUCCCAAUUACCUGUGUAAUUGUCUCUGUGAACACAUCACACCUGCAAGUUCUUGCCUAUCCACAUCAUGUGACAGAAUGGUUCCUUUAGAAGCUACUUAAGAGAUUUUUGGAACAAGUCACAAGAAAUAGAAGUUUAACUAUUAACACCUUGUCCACUGAAGAACACUCCUCCAGUCUUUUACAUGUAGGAAAGGGCAUGGGCAUGCUCUCAAGCCUGGCUUCACUGGCUGCUCUUUCUUCCUUGUCCAUCUCCUUUGCUCUCUUUCAGACCUCAGCCUUUGGGCGUUCUUUCCGUUACCCCUUUUUACCUCUUUUGUGUAUUGAUUUCUGAUGUGACUCUGGAUCUGAUAGCUCUUCACUUGUGCUGCAUCUGGGCUAAAGCGGUUCUUAGUGAUGCAGAUUCAUAGCAGCAACAGUAAGGGGGCAAAAUAUCUCUUGAAAUCUAAGUAGACAAAAUACUGGUCUUAAAAUUGCUUUUUUUUUUUUUUUCUCCUAAGAAGUCAAACUCAAGUUUGUGAUCUGUUGUUUUGCUUUGUUUCCCCAUUCCUGCUGCUGCUGCUAUGAAGCCUUUUGAAUAUCGAACGUUCCUGAGUCAGACCGAAGACAGCAGUAGCUGAGGUGGAUUAACGCUGGAAUGUAGUCAGGGAUUGGAGCACUUGGGAGCUAUGCUUAGACAGAAAGGGAAAGAGCAGGAUAUGAUGCUUCUUCUAUGUCCGGGCUUUGGCCUCACACAGUAGGUGUAAUAUAAUCGCUGAGGUGGGCGUUCUGCAAGGAGAAUUAUUUUUGGAGGCUUUUGCAUGAAACUUGUCCAAUGAGUCUGAGACGCCCAAGCACCAUUAAUUUUGGAGGAAAAAGAUGGAGUAUUGCAUGCUGGGAACAAGUGCUUUCCAUAAGGUACAGCAGCAGCUCAUGAUGCCCCGUAAAGCUUUUCUUUCCCAGAAAGAAAAGCAGGCUCGUGCCAGGGAAAGGGAUAUGUUAAAAAAGAGGAGGAGGCGACAAGACUAUCUCAAAAGAAGCGUGGAGCCGCAGAAAAAUGCAGAAACAAUAAAAUGGCACAGGGAUGAUGAGAAGAGGAGAGAAAAUGAGCAAGUUAAGGACAAAGAUAUCAAGAAGCGGUGGAGACAGGAUGAGAGAGAACGACGAAAGAAUGUGGACGCUAUGAAUUGGCGCAGGGAAGAUGAGAAGAGGGAAAAUGAGCGAGAAACUAUGUUCCAACUUCCUGUCAACAACCUUGGCAGUUUAAGAAAGGCCCGGAAAACUGUGAAAAAAAUACUUAGUGACAUUGGUUUGGAAUACUGUAAAGAACAUAUAGAAGAUUUUAAGCAGUUUGAACCUAAUGACUUUUAUUUGAAAAACACUACAUGGGAAGAUGUAGGAUUGUGGGACCCAUCGCUUACAAAAAAUCAGGACUAUCGGACAAAGCCCUUUUGCUGCAGUGCAUGUCCAUUUUCCUCGAAGUUCUUUUCAGCAUACAAAAGCCACUUCCGGAAUGUUCAUAGUGAAGACUUUGAAAAUCGGAUUCUCCUUAAUUGUCCUUACUGUACUUUCAAUGCGGACAAAAAGACUUUGGAAACGCACAUUAAAAUAUUUCAUGCUCCAAAUGCCAAUACACCGAGUGGAGGCAUCAGCACUUUUAAAGAUAAAAGCAAACAUGAUAGCCUUAAACCUAAGCAGGCUGACAGUGUAGAACAAGCUGUUUAUUACUGUAAGAAGUGCACUUACCGAGAUCCUCUGUAUGAAAUAGUUAGAAAGCACAUUUACAGGGAACAUUUUCAGCACGUAGCUGCUCCUUACGUAGCAAAGGGAGGUGAAAAGUCGCUCAAUGGUGCAGUUCCAUUAAGUUCCAGUACCCGGGAGGAGGGUAGUAUUCACUGCAAACGAUGCCUUUUUAUGCCGAAAUCAUACGAAGCUUUAGUACAGCAUGUUAUCGAAGACCACGAACGUAUAGGAUAUCAGGUAACUGCAAUGAUAGGUCACACUAACGUAGUGGUUCCAAGGUCGAAACCUUUAAUGUUAAUAGCUCCAAAACCACAGGAUAAAAAGCCUAUGGGACUCCCUCAGAGGAUGGGUCCCCUUUCCCCUGGAAGCGUUCGAUCUCUUUCAUCCCAACAGAUGAUGAACAGACUCACUAUACCAAAGCCUACGUUAAAUUCUGCAGGAGUGAAUAUGAUGUCAAAUGUUCACCUACAGCAAAACAAUUACGGAGUCAAAUCAGUACCGCCAAGUUACGUUGGUCAGCCAGGGGGGAGGCUAAACUUAAGUGGUAAUGCACCAGUUUCUCUUUCACAGCAGUCUCAAACAAUGAAACAGUUUUCAAGUGGCAAUGGAAGGCCUUACACUCUUGGAGGGGAACAGAGAUCACAGGCCUCAGCAAGAUACUCUCUUCAGUCUGCCAAUUCAUCCUCUCUUUCAUCAGCUCAGUUGAAACAAACAUCAUUAUCUCAGUCACAGGCAGCUUCAAGAGUAUUAGGUCAGUCUGGCUCAAAAUCUCCUGUAGCUGCUACAGGUCCUUCUGCUGUCAAUACAUCAUCCACACAAAAGUGGAAAAUCUGUACAAUCUGUAAUGAGCUGUUUCCUGAAAACGUGUAUAGUGUCCACUUUGAAAAGGAGCACAAGGCUGAAAAGGUGCCUGCAGUAGCUAACUAUAUAAUGAAAAUACACAAUUUCACUAGCAAAUGUCUAUACUGUAAUCGCUAUUUACCCACUGAUACAUUGCUUAAUCAUAUGCUAAUACAUGGUCUGUCUUGUCCGUAUUGCCGGUCGACCUUCAAUGAUGUUGAAAAGAUGGCUGCUCAUAUGCGAAUGGUUCAUGUUGAUGAAGAAAUGGGACCUAAGACUGAUUCCACUCUGACAUUUGAUUUGACACUGCAGCAGGGCAGUCACACAAACAUACAUCUACUUGUAACCACCUACAACUUGAGAGAUGCUCCUGCUGAAUCUGUAGCUUACCAUGCUCAGAAUACUCCCCCUGUUCCUCCUAAACCACAGCCGAAAAUCCAAGAGAAGUCUGAUGUACCUGUAAAAAGUUCCCCACAAGCAGCAGUUCCCUACAAAAAAGACGUAGGGAAAACUCUCUGUCCUCUGUGCUUUUCAAUCCUAAAAGGACCCAUCUCUGAUGCACUUGCACAUCAUUUACGAGAGAGGCAUCAAGUUAUUCAGACAGUUCAUCCAGUUGAGAAAAAGCUAACCUACAAAUGCAUUCAUUGCCUUGGUGUAUAUACCAGUAACAUGACUGCCUCAACUAUAACGCUGCACCUUGUUCACUGCAGAGGUGUUGGGAAGACUCAGAAUGGCCAGGACAAAGGUACUUCGUCAUCUCGGCUAAGCCAGUCUCCAGCUGUAGCACCUGUAAAACGUACUUACGAACACAUGGAAUUCUCCCUAAUGAAGAGAAGGAAAAUGGAUGAUGACGACUCCCCCUCUGCCUUUGAGGAGAAGCCUGAAGAACCUGUAGUUCUAGCAUUGGACCCCAAGGGUCAUGAAGAUGAUUCCUACGAAGCCAGGAAAACAUUUCUCACAAAGUAUUUUAAUAAGCAACCAUAUCCCACUAGGAGAGAGAUUGAAAAGCUGGCUGCCAGUUUGUGGCUCUGGAAGUCUGAUAUCGCGUCUCACUUUAGCAACAAAAGGAAGAAAUGUGUUAGAGAUUGUGAAAAAUAUAAACCUGGUGUGUUGCUUGGUUUCAACAUGAAAGAACUAAACAAAGUUAAACAUGAAAUGGAUUUUGAUGCUGAAUGGCUGUUUGAAAAUCACGAUGAAAAGAAUUCCAGAGUCAAUGUUAGUAAGACUGUUGACAAAAAAAUAAACAUAGAAAAAGACAAUGAAAGUUCCUCAGACAGCUAUGAGAAUAUAGAAGAGGAAUACAAUGAAAGCGGUAGUCCGUUUGGUCCACAUAUUUCUGACAUUGGUGGGAAAGCCUCUUCUGAUAGCACAGUGGAGAACCCAGAUGACAGCAUAUCCAAGGAAAUCAUUGAAGAAAAUACUUUACAGUCUCCAGAGAAGUCUGAUCAAAAACAAGAGGACAGCUCUAAAUACGAAGAGAUUUCUGCUGAAGAGCCAACAAAACUGGUGGGUGAUAUUUCAGAUAGCGAAGGUGAUCAGGAUGAGCAAGAUGAUGCUGUUGAAUGGAAAGAUGGAGCUUCACAGUCUGAAAGUGGGCCUGGUUCUCAGCAGGUUUCAGAUUUUGAAGAUAAUACAUCUGAAGUAAAACCAGAAGUGUGGACAGAUGAAUCCUCCCAAAGUGAAGAUGCUGGUAGCAGUAAACCAACUGUUGAGACAAAAGAGGGUGGAUCUGAAAGUGAUGAAGAACAGUCAAAGUGGAAGAAUCGUUCCUAUGGAAAAGUAGAAGAGUUUUGGUCUAAGGACCAGUCGCAAUGGAAAAACGCAUCAGAGAUUGAGGAGAGCUUGUCAAAUCAGCAGAUGGAAUGGCAGAAUAGCACAAUUGACAGUGAGGACGGAGAUCAGUUUGACAGUGUGACUGACGGGGUAGCAGAACCGAUUCACAGCAGCUUAACUGGUGUGGAGCUGAGUAGCCAGCAAGCAUAAGCUGCUUGAUGCAGAAGUGUCAGUAAUGGCCACUCUACAACUGUCUAAACACUUUCAUUUCAGUAUGACUGCUAAGCUUAAAUUCUAACUGGUACUGCCUCUCAAGUGCUAGGUCAUGGUGAGUGGUGUUUGAGGCCGCUGUUACUCCAGUGGUUAUGUAAGGAUGUUGUUGGCUAAUCUUGCUUGAGAAUACCUGCUGGGACGAGCACGGUAACUUAAUGUGAAAACAGAUAAGCUGGUGGCUCCAGAAUGCACACAGAGAAAAGCAGAGGUUUGUUUUAUCUGCAUUUUCAACAUUUAUUUCACUCUUGUACAUGUUCAGUUGUAUGUCUUUUUAAACAUUACCCUUUUUCACAUGGUAGUGUAGGGCCAACAUACAAACUACCAGUUCAACGUGUAUAGUAGACUAUGGGGAAAUUGAUUUUUUUCAUGUAUCAUUCUGAAUAGUUGAAAUGUAUAUUUGUACAGUCUUUUAGACCUAUUCAAGUGAAGCUUAUGAAAUUGUUCUUGUGUACCCAUCAUAGAUUUGUUUCUCUUUUUUAGUGUUGCCCUGCUGUGUAAUAAAUGCUGUAUCUAGUUUACCUAGCAAAAGCUUGAAACUGCUAUAGUAUGAAUUUUGACAAACUUAGUUUUUGCACAUAACCUUGUACAAUCUCAAAAACAGAGGCCAGCAACAUAAAAUAUAUCUGGACUCUAUUGUAUUAUAGAAUUUUCUUGUUCUGAAUAUCCUUGACAUUACAACUGAUGAUAAACGUAUUUCAGAGCCAUUUUCUGAAAUCUUUUAAGCUAAAAAAGAAAAAUCACAUGCAAGAAACAAGUUUGCAGCUACUAAUUUUGACACCUUUUAGAUCUGUAUAAAAGUGUAUUGUGUUGAAGCAGCACACUGAAACAAAAGUGCUGUGUUUUGGAUAUUUAGUUUUAUCUUUAGUUAACACCAACAAGGUGUUGUAUUCAUUUAUACCAUCUAAUAUAUGACACACUGUUGUAGUAUGUAUAAUUUUGUGAUCUUUAUUUCCCUUUGUAUUCUUCAUUUAAGCAUCUAAAUAAAUUGCUGUAUUGUGCUUAAUGUAAAUAUUUGCUUUAUUACAUGCAAGUGCCACAUGCCUGUUUGGUAAAUCCCAGAGUGCUACUUUUUUUUCCCUUGUCCAAAAAGUGCUCCACAGCUCUGCAGGAGCAUGUAUGUAUAGUAUUUUCUUACUGGAUAGACUGAUCUCUUCAAGGACAUUGAAAAAUCCCACAAAACUAACUUUGUCUGAAUUUGUCUUUAGCAUUCUAGAACACUACUUUAUAAAUAAAGUUACAGUGGUUGUAA